UUUAGAGUGGAUGACAUACUUCGUAUUGAUUUCCGGGGCAUUAAUGAACGAGGAUAUUUGUCAUAUAAUUAUGAGUUACUGACAUGUUCCAACGUUAGGAACCCCAAAAUGGAUGCUUGUGUGUUUAAGCUAACCUCGUUUUGUUCUUUAUGCUUAUUAUUAUUCUUUAUAGUUUCAGCAGAGGCAAGCUUUGAAGAUUUCCGCUGUAAAUGUGUUUGUUCUCUAGAGAAGAAUACCACAGCUCGGUCGGUGUAUAUUGGAGGAAAGGACAUCGAGCAUAAUCAGUGCAAAUGUAAAUAUGUUAUAAAGCCUGAGUCGCCAGAUUUUUGCAACAGGUGUGAGUGCAAAUAUGACAGAAGGAAUACAACUACUAUAAAGGUUGUGGUGGUGUUCAUCAUCUGUGUGGUGGCCAUGUUGUUUGUGUACAUGCUGUUCCUCCUGUGCCUGGACCCGCUGAUCGCGUGGCGGCCGUCGCACUACGCCGAACACACCAACGAGGAGGUGAAUAUGGAGGACCUGUCGGCAAGGCGACUACCGCAGAUGGAGACAUCAGCACAGCUACUGCGACAGAGAUCGAUCCUGAACCGCGUCACCGACGAACAGCAGCGCUGGAAGGGAACCGUCCAGGAGCAGAGAAGAAAUAUCUACGACCGACAUUCCAUGCUCAACUGAGUUGUGACAUCUGUCUGCAGGUUUCAGUCAGGUGACUGCUGAUUUCAGUCAUGUGUCUACAGAUUUCAGCUAUGUGUCUAUACAGAUUUCAGCUAUGUGUCUAUACAGAUUUCAGCUAUGUGUCAGCAAAUUUCUGCUAUGUGUCAGCAGAUUUCAGUUAUGUUGAUAUAUAUUUCAGCUACCUGUGUGCAAUUUUCAGCUACAUGUCUGCCUGAUUUCGGUUAAAUGUCUACAGAUGUUACUCUUCUUUUAAAAUUGUUGUAUGUCUUACUUCAUGGUCACUUCACAUCCGAGUCCGGAUAAAAUAUUUUAACAUCAAAAUAUUUGCGGCAAAAGUAAGAGGUCAAUAUUUAUUCUAGAGGAGUAGUAAUCAAAUUUAGCCAGAUAGGGACUAGGUGUAGUUCCACAGUUAUAUGUAUGUGUAUUUUUUAAUGUGUUUACAUUCCAUCUGUUUUGUAGGAUAGUUAAUUUGCAGCUGUGUACACAUGUACACAAAUAUUCUUAAGAUAAAUAUUUGACAUAGGUUUGUCUGGAGUCUUCAACUUCAUGCCAACUGCUUGAGGUUGAAAUCUAAAAAUAUUGUAAAGAAUGUAUAGCUAGUGUAAUUUAGUUAACUUAAUAAAAUGGAUAGUUUCACUGGAACUGUUUAGCCCAAAAUAGUAGUAUGAUGGUGUUUUUACGUAAUGUUGUUUGGUAAAUGAAAUAUUUUCAUGUUAUUUUACCUGCAGUUCUAGUCAUGUGUUGAUCGUCUGUUAAUCUAAUCAGAAUCAAACAUGCAGUACCAGUAAACUAAUAAGAAAAAUAUAUUGGCUUUUUAAAAUAUAUCUUUUAGUAGAUUUAUUCUAUUAUUUAUGAUGUUUUAUGUUUUGUUAGUGUUUGCUUGCUACACAAUUGUCCACAAACAUAACCAUUUACUACAGAAAAAGACUCCAUUGUUUGGACUGUGUUUGAUGACUGGCAUUGUUUCAUUUUCUUAAUAUUAUUUUGACAUGAAUACAUUAAUUUUAGUUCCAUUUAAUUAGCAGAUGAAUAUGUAGUUUGGGUGGGGGGUGGGGGAGGAGUGGAGGGAUCUGAAUAAUAAAUGUCAUUCUUCCAUGAGGAAAUGGAGAUAUAUACCUAAAUAAAAAUGAGGUAAAAACUAUUUACCAAUAUCCACUAAUCUUGGCAGGUUUAGUUUCUAGAUAACAAAAUAGAAUUAUCAUGGGAUACAGUAUACACCUUUUGUGAAUAUGUGUAAAAUGAAAAACAUACACUGCAUACUGUUGAGAGCUAGAUCAGAGUUCACAUUAUAACAUGUUUGCAAUGUGAUGGUUAUUACAUUACACUCGCAGAACUAUAAAUCUUUUGUAUAUUUGUAUAUGAUUUGUGUGUCUGUAUUUGAAAUAUAAUUAGAAUUUUUGCUGUACAUUGAAUCAGUAAUAAAUUAUUGUUGUACUUUCGUGAAUUAUUGAUCGUUGAAUUUUAACAUGACAGGUUUUAUGGUGGGGGGGUGUCAGUUUUUAUGGAGUUAACCACAAAAUAUGUUACAGUAUUAAAAAUAGUCAUAUCUGUUAAACUACAAAUUAUUUACCUGACUGUUAAUAAAGAUUAAUGAAAGCUGAUCCAUUUCACAAUACUAUUAAGAGAUGAGGACAUUGUGCAUUACUGGGAUACACGGUAUUAUUGGUAUACUGAUACACCAUGGCUGUAUUGAUACACUCAGUCAUUUUCUUAUUUCAAGUUCAUUAUUAGUUGGAAAGCUGGAUGUCUAAGAUUCAACUGGUUUUCUUAAUUGCAUUCAUAGAUGUCAAAAAAAAAGGGAAUGGCCCGACAUUAAAUAAGCUUUAGUGCAAAGAAGUGAGCCGUAUAAUAAAUAAUAAACUUGACUGUAUCAGAUAUUUCCUUUUGUAAGUGACGCUAAUAUUUCACGAUGCUAAAACACUUUUGUACAAUUGUUUUGUCUGUGUUUAACUGAACUCGCAAUAAUGGUUACAUGCAACUGAUUAAAAUAAAAGGAUAGCAAACAACAACAGUUAGUAGCAUGCAUGUUACUGCAAUUUUCUACUAAAUUUAAGUUGUUUGUAUGCUGCUUAACAUCAAGAUUCAUCAAAAACAUUUCAGAUGAUCCUACAACUUCAGCGUUUUCUUUUUUUCAGUUUAUGAUACGACGACCUCGCUAAAAUGUUAUGUUGCUAAUACAUCACUUAUUUGGAUUUCACUAAAUUUUAAGAUUGCUAAUAUUUUAGGAUUUAUACUUUGAUGAUACACGAAACCCACAUUGUGGUACAAAAAGUCUCAUGGCUGAUAAUCAGGAUAGCUACUUGAGCAGGUUUCCAGUCUGUUGGUUUUUGCAUACAUCCUGUGUAAGAGAUGACCUGUUGUAGAUCAAUGUCAUGAUCACAUUUGAAACUUGUGAUUGGUCACUCCACGGUGAUGACCCAGUCACGAUAACCAUACCACACAAUAAAAUAAAGACGACCAAAAUUGAUUGCUCUGUGAUGAUUAAUGUAACCUGAAAUGGGAUACCCUGUGAUGUAUCUGUUACUUAUGCAGGAAACAAGACUAGUUUUAGCUGGAAAAGAUGUUUAAAUUUAUUUUUAACCUGGUUUUUGAGGAUAUGUAAAAAAAAUAUAGAAGAAGAAUACAUGUACUACAUUGUCUGUUAGACAUCAUUUGUCUUACAACUGAUUUAAAACUGUAUGCAAUUUGUUUUUCGCUUAUUAGAAGAAAAAAUUCAAACAUCUUGUAAAAUAAAUUGUAUGCAUUGGCUACUCUUGUAGUAUUCUGUAUGUUACAUGCACCAGUGAGUUUAUCAAGUUAACAUCUUGUAGUAUUCUGUAUGUUACAUGCACCAGUGAGUAUUCUGUAUGUCACAUGCACCAGUGAGUUUAUCAAGUUAACAUCUUGUAGUAUUCUGUAUGUUACAUGCACCAGUGAGUUUAUCAAGUUAACAUCUUGUAGUAUUCUGUAUGUCACAUGCACCAGUGAGUAUUCCGUAUGUCACAUGCACCAGUGAGUUUAUCAAGUUAACAUCUUGUAGUAUUCUGUAUGUCACAUGCACCAGUGAGUUUAUCAAGUUAACAUCUUGUAGUAUUCUGUAUGUCACAUGCACCAGUGAGUUUAUCAAGUUAACAUCUUGAAGUAUUCUGUAUGUUACAUGCACCAGUGAGUAUUCUGUAUGUCACAUGCACCAGUGAGUUUAUCAAGUUAACAUCUUGUAGUAUUCUGUAUGUCACAUGCACCAGUGAGUUUAUCAAGUUAACAUCUUGUAGUAUUCUGUAUGUCACAUGCACUAGUGAGUUUAUCAAGUUCACAUCUUAGUAAAAGAUUAAACAAAACGAGGCGUUUUCAAUUUUUAUUCUCAUGAUCAUUUAUAACAUAUUUACAUAAUACUUAUAUUAACUUAUUUGAACAACAUUGUGCAGUGCACUAACCAUAGAAAGACUGAAUGUUUUAAAUGAAAAAAGUGUUUUUUUCACGAAUUCACAGUAAGCUAUUUUAUGUCACCAAUUUUCAGUUGUAACACCUGUAAAUGUAUACACUAGAGUAACAAAAUAUUUCAAUUGAGGAUUAAAAUAAAAAAUUAUUCACAGUGACUGUUGCUAGAAUAUGUCAUAGUUUAAAAUUAAUUUGUUAAAAUAAACUUCCUUUUUUAAUUCACAGUACAUAUAAUGGUUACCGUACUAGAAUAUUCAAUUAUUUUUUCAAUCUAAAAUAUGCGUCGUUAAAUAAACCAUUUCCUUUCAAUCUAAAAUUAAUUAGUUAAAAUAUACCAAAAUGUAAACUUGGAAUGGUAAAAUAAUUUUAAGUACGUUCAAAUCUGUUAUGUGUUUUUUGUGGUAAUAUAUGUAACAUAUUUUGAUUUGUCCAUUUUCACAGACCUUGAUAUAACACUGUCGCUUGUUUUUAAUUGUACAUAUUCAUUUGGUAAACCGACAGAACAACUGAAAUGUGGUGAUGUUAUAUAUUAUAUUAUCACGUUCGGCAACAAGUGUAACAUCAACCUAGUAUAAUGGUUUGUAUUUUACAAUAUGUACAAACAAUAUAUAUCUACAUAACAGCUCUUUUUUAAAUGUUAAUUUUGUGCAUGAGCAUAGGUUAUACAUAUAAGGAACAUUAUAAUAAUGUUUUGCACUGUUUGACCAGUGGCGUAGCCACGAUUAUAUAUUGGGGUUGGGCCACCAACACCAUCCAUGAGUCAAGUUAUGGGGCAAAAGGCAAAAAUAAAAGGUGGUGGGGGAGAAAAGAUAAUUGGGUUGGGGGCUAUGACAACAUGGACCCUCCUCCUGGCUAUGCUGCCAAUGCAUUUGACAUGCGCUUACAUCCACAGUUUACAGACGACUGUAAUAGCAGUGCAAUAAAUAAAGGUGAAACCAAUAUG